GGAGUUUUGCACAUGGCUUUGCGCUAAAUUUUUCUCUAAAGCUAAGAAGCUUCUGAAGAGACAAGAUGAGCUGCAACUACAUUGUGACAGCCUACAAGCCUACAGCUGUCACAGAGGCGGUGGUUGGAAAUUUUACAUCCCCUACUGAUCUGAAUCUGAUCCAAGCCAAGGGCAACAGUCUUGUGGUCAACCUAGUCACCCCUGAGGGCCUCAAACCAGUAGUGGAGGUCUCUAUCUAUGGCAGGAUCUCACUAAUGCAGCUAAUGAGGCCUAAAGAGGAGCCGCAAGAUAUGCUGGUAUUGAUGACAGCUCGCUACCAUCUCAUUGUCAUAUCUUAUGACAAAGCGAGCGGAGAGAUUAUCACUAGAGCUCAUGGGGACAUUAAGGAUCGAGUGGCUCGUCCGACAGAGGGCCGACAGAAUGGAAUAGUGGAUCCAGAGUGUCGAGUGAUUGCUCUCCAUCUGUAUGCUGGGCUACUCAAGGUGGUACCUCUACAGUUGGACUCAGGGGAUCAGUUGACCGCGUUCAACAUCCGAUUGGACAAUCUCUACGCCAUUGAUGUCCAGUUCCUCCCCGGCUUCAAGCAGCCUACCAUCGCCUACCUCGCCCAGGAGCCAGACGGUCGUGUGUUGAAGACUUUCACCAUCUCCAUCAAAGAUAAGGACAGGGAGAACAGCUCGUGGAAAAAGUUCACCGUCGAGUCCCAAGCCUCGCUUAUCAAGCCACUCCCACUUCCUGUGGGUGGGGCACUCGUGGUAGGCGCUGAGACCAUCGCAUAUUAUAACAAAGAAGUUCAAUACACCAUUGAUACACCUAUCAUCAAGGAGUUGAUGGUGAGUUGUCUCCACCUGGUGGACAACACUCGUUGCCUUAUCGGUGACUCACGUGGGCGACUGCUCAUGCUGUUUGUGGAGUGUGAGGGUGGGAGAGGUGUGGAGGAUGUGGAGCGUGUGAAGGGGCUCAAGCUAGAGCUACUGGGGGAGGUGGUCUCUCCCUCCACUCUCGCUUAUCUCGACAAUGGGGUCGUGUUUGUGGGGUCAACCUUUGGAGACCCCCAACUUGUCAAGCUGUUGGCGGAUGCAGAUGAGAGUGGAGGAUACCUCCAGGUGUUGGAGAGUGCCAGUAAUAUCGGACCUAUUGUAGACAUGUGCGUGGUGGAUAUGGAUAAGCAGGGACAAGAUGUGGUGGUCACCUGCUCUGGUUAUGGGAAGGACGGCUCUUUGAGGGUGAUCCGUAGUGGGAUAGGAAUCAAUGAACUGGCCUCCAUUGAUCUCUCAGGGGUUAAAGGUGUAUGGUCAAUCCACACUGGCAUGAGUGAUGAUUGGACACACAACUGUCUGGUGGUGUCCUUUGUGGGUCAGACAACCUUCCUCUCCCUGAGUGGAGAGGAGGUGGAGGAGGCAGAGCUUGAGGGCCUCGCUGCAGACCAGCAGACCUAUCACUGUGCCAACGUUGGAGGGAAGAGAAUACUUCAGGUAACCUCUCAAUGUGUUCGACUAGUGAAUGAGGAGUCUCUCAGCUGUGUGUGUCAGUGGGAGCCCCCCUCGGGUAAGAACAUCAGCACUGCCUCCAGUAAUGCAGAGCAGGUCGUGAUUGCCGUGGGGAAGAAGCUGUUCUACCUGGAGAUUACCAACGAUGCUAUCAAACAAAUAACUGAAGCGGUGAUGGAGUACGAGGUGGCGUGUGUGGAUGUGACCCCCCUGGGAGAUGAAAGGAAGAGCAGCAUUGCCACCAUUGGCCUCUGGACUGACAUUUCAGUGAGGGUGCUCACUCUACCUUCUCUGGAAACCAUUUACACUGAACCUAUCCCAGGAGAUAUUAUUCCUCGCUCUAUUCUGAUGGUUGUGUUCGGGGGAAUAGCCUAUCUCCUGUGUGCCCUUGGUGAUGGUACUCUGCUCUACUACCAGUUGGAGCCCACCACUGGCCGACUCUUCUCUAGCAAGAAGGUCGUACUGGGUACAAAGCCUGUCACAUUGAAGACCUUCAAGUCAAGUGACAGUCACGUGACCAAUGUGUUUGCCUGCUCUAAUCAUCCAACCAUCAUCUACUCCAAUAAUCAGAAGCUUCUCUUUUCAAACGUCAAUCUUAAGGAGGUGAACUACUUAUGCAGUCUGAGCUCUGAGGCGUUCCAAGACUGCCUGGCUGUGGUUGAUGACACCACUCUCACCAUCGGCUCUGUCGAUGACAUACAGAUGCUACACAUACAGAGUAUUCCCUUGGGCGAGUCACCAAGGCGUAUAGCGUACCAGGAGAGCUCAGGAACAUUCUUAGUGGCCAGUUCUCGUAUUGAUACAACCAACAGCGACAACCCCGGUCGCUUUCAGCCAAGCCGAGAGAGUGUGAGCACGUCAUUGGGAAAUCUCACAGUGGGUGUGGCUCCAGAUGGAUUGGCUGCACCUCUUCCAGACAUAUCCGGAGAGGUUGAAGUAUUCUCAUUGAUACUCUAUGAUCAGAAUUCGUUUGAAGCAAUCCAUGGCUACCAGCUGUGCCCGAUGGAGCAUGCUCUGAGCAUCACCUCGUGUCCACUGGGGGCGGGGGAUUCUCAACAGGUUUAUUACAUUGUGGGAACAGCUUUCGUUAAUCACAUGGAGAGGGAACCCACCCAGGGAAGGGUGCUCGUGCUGGAGGUCACUGAAGGGCGAAUAUUGCGACUGAUUCACGAGCAGCUUCGUGACGGGGCAGUGUAUCAGGUGGUGUCGUUUGGGGGACAGCUGGUCAUCUCUGUCAACAGUCUGGUCUCCGUGGCAUCUUGGAGUGAGGACUCAUUGACUCUCUCUGAAGAGGCAAAGUACACAAACAACAUUCUCUCUCUCUUUGUUAAGACCAAGGGAGACUUUAUAUUGGUGGGUGACCUCAUGCGAUCAUUGAAGCUCCUCCGCUUCACUGUGGAUGGAGUCAAGAGCUCUCUAACGGAGAUAGCACUCGAUGUGAACAUGAAUCCCUCCUUCCUGUCGGCCAUAGAGAUGCUGGACGACGAGAAUUACAUCGGAGCUGACGGUAGACACAUCUUCACCUGUCAGAAAAACACUGAGGCAGCUGUGGAACAGGACAUGCUGUACAUGUCUCAACCAUCUCGUAUCUACAUUGGAGACAACGUGAAUGUGUUUGGUAGAGGCUCUCUGGUGAUGGAGCAUCCUGGCUCUGGCCCCUCCCCCAUUCAGGGAAAGCCCCUGUUAUUUGGCACUGUUCACGGGGCGAUCGGUCUCAUUGGACAUCUCACUCGAGAUACGUUCUCCCUCCUCUCCAAGCUACAAGAUAACAUGGCCAAGGUGGUGACUAGUGUGGGGAGCAUAGAGCACAGUGUAUAUCGAUCAUUUGCCAAUGAUCACAAGACGAAGGUGGCGGAAGGCUUCAUUGAUGGAGACCUAGUGGAGAGAUUCCUUGACUUGUCUCAAGCACAGAUGAACGACAUUGUUGCAGGAAUCAAGAGAAUGUGCUUGAGAACUGAGGAAGAAUCGUCUAUGCAUGUCAUGGUGUCCUGCUUAAUCUACAUUACAUACCGUCAAGAGUUUAUAAAUGAGAGAGUAUCGAACGUAGGCAUACUGUGUAUCAGUAUGCGGAGAGUAACGUGACUUCCUGUAUCUGUCACAAGCUUAGAAUUUGACACUGUCCAAUCCAAGUGUGGGUGAUGUAAUCUAUAAUACUCUCUCCUCUAUUAUAAACUCUUAAUACCGUACACGAAUGACUUUUCAGCUGAGAGUUAAUU